AUGCUGAGCCUGGGGCCAGGAUGACCUGCCUGCUGCUCCUGCACCUCUUCAGGACACCCCAGGUGUGCCUCUUUGCCCAGGAGACAGGGAAAUUAUUUCCUGGGAUUCGUUCUUCCUGUGACCGUCACCUCUUGGCUGCUGCUCACAACAGCAUCGAAGUGGGAGCUGUGUUUGCAGUUCUGAAAGCAAUUCUGAUGCUUGGUGAUGCAGGAAUUGGCAGCAACAACGUCAGCUCCUUGAAGAGUGAAGAGUUUCACGUGAGAGGCUUCUUAGAUGAACUCAAUGAGGAGGAAAUCUGGGGUUCCUCUCGUGCCUUGAAAUCCUGCAGAAAAACCAUUUCCAUGGAAGCCGCUGGUCUGAGCGAGUACGGGGAUACUGCUCAGAACAUCUGCCAGCAGGGAAAGCCCCAAAACUGCUCCUCCUCAUUUGGAGAAAGAGCUUUGGUUAUUGAAAAGUGUAACAUCUAUUUUGGCGCAAAAUUAGUGCUGUAUUUUGGCUGA